AUGGACUUUGACGGUCGUCCGUCAUCAUUGUCGUGGAACGACGCGGUGGAACGGCUAAGAGAAAUCCGCGAAGACGACUUAGCGUUCGUGGAGUCCGGUCUGCAACCCGAAAGACAACUGGUCCGGCCGACCGUGGCCGAGCUAUACGUUAGGUACAUACUUAAAACCGUUGUUUAAACCUCGUUUUCAGAUUGUAUAUGAUAAUAAUCCGCAUGUUAUGCUUAAAUACUUAUUUACGUUUUACACGUUUCUAUGAUAUUUUUCAUCGAAAGUAUCAUAUAAAACCGUAUUCUACAGUAAAGACCAUUUAUAGCAGUAAAAUUCUUCGUUUUUCUUUUGUAAUGAAUAAUUUUGUCAAUAAUUGUAUCUUUAACUAUUAUUUUACGAAGCCAAUAUUAGUAAAAACGAAAAAGUAAAAUAAUAAACAAAUGGGCGUACUUCGAAUCGGAAAGGGGUCCUAAUACAAUGAUAAAUAAAUCCAAAUUCGUAAAAAAAAAAUAUAAUAAUAAUAAUAAUAAAAAACAAACUUUUAAAUAAAGGACUUCGUUAAACAUUUUUACUAACAAUUGUAUACCCAUUGAUAAUAAGACGAACAAAUUUUUUGAGUAAAUAAUAGUAUAUUAGUGAAAAUAUGAUUUUUCGUCAAAUUUAUUAUUUUUAAACAAACUGCCGACUUGUGGGAACCAUAUUUUAUGAUAUUCAAUCUCAUUAAAACUACAUAAUUUAAUAUCUUCCUAGUUUCAUUCUGAAUUUAAAAAUAUAUUAAACGAUUUCAGUUAUAAUUAGGGGAUGAUAAUUAUCUCAAUGAUUAUCUUUUCAUUUCUAAAUUUAUUAAAAACAACAAAAAACUUUAUAAGUGUCACCUAUACCUUGUAAAAAGUGUUAAAACUCAUAUAAUCAUAAUGAUGGGAGAUUGAUAAAUAAUAAUUAUUGAUAAUUAUAUAGGUACAAACAACUUUGUGAUGAUAUUUCAUUCUCUUAUAAUAAUAUCGAUUAAAUUUAAUUUUCGAACAUUUAAUUUUAAUACAAGAUCAAAAUGACGAUGAUGAAAAAUCAAAAUAUUUAUUUUAUUGCAUGAUAGACAGUUCGUUGCUUUCAGGUACAUAGUCAUUAGUAACGAAUUAACCGUAUGCCACGAUUCUAUUAUACAACCACAGAUACGUAUUCUGAUUAAACGGAUGCUAAUGUGCAUCCAUGGCCGUGUGCUCGAACUCAAACAAAUUCUUAUGGAUGAAGACAAAUCGAUUUAUACGUGUGUUAAAAAUAAUAAUAUUAUUAUAAUUAUUAUUUUGGAAUAACGAAAAAUAAUGAUUGCAUAGGCCAGUAACCGAGGAGUUGGCUAAUUUAAAAUUGACGUACGACCAGUUCGAAUUACAGAUACCUCGAUGUUUCCGAGACGAGAGACAAUUGUUUUUAAACGACAUAGACAAACAAAUUGACGAAAUACACAGUCAAGUAGAAAUCGAAGAAGAAGACAGAGUGGAUGAACAAGGUUCUUCUGCAGCGUCUAGUCAAACGAGUAGUAAAGAAACGCUCGAUUCGGAUUUGAAUGCAGCAACAUUUCUAAAUCAUGAACAACAAACAUCGUUGAUUUUGCCACAGAUAACGCGCCAAGAUAUUCGACGGGAAUUAGCUAUAAAAUUCAUACAAAAACACAUUAGAGCGGCAAAUGAUCGUAAAAUUGUUAAUGAAUGUAUGAACGUGACAACAUUUUAAUCAAAUUUUAACUUAUUAAAAUAUAAUAUUUACUUGAUUUAGUAAUGUCCGCUAAUAGAACAAGAGACAACAUUAUUUCCGGAAAAUAUAAAAACCCCAGUCAAGAUAAAGCUCAUACGGCGGCAAUUCAGAUUCAACGGUAUUGGAGAUUUUAUCGGAUCAUGAAAUGUACUAAAAUCAGAACUCAAAGAAAAAAUAUCGUAAUUGGUAUGACAAAAAAAUAUUGCUAGUUGUAUAUUAUAAUUUUAACCAGAUUUAGUUUUCAAUCCGAGUACUUAAUAUUUUUUAUUUAGUUGAAUUAAUACAUUUUUUUCUGUUCUUAACCGUAAAUAACAGUCUUAGGGUAUCAUAUAUUAUAUGUUUAAUUCAGGCAUGCAUAUGUCAAGUGAGAGACCGAAAACCGAUGUUUUUGUCAAUGUAGAAGAAAAAACUUUAGUAAAACAGUCCGAAGCAGCAACGAAAUUUUGGAAAGUCAUAAAAAAAUUACAAAACAAAUUAGACCGAUAUAAUCGUCACGAAAUAAUAGCAGAAAUAGAAGACGAGCUAAGAGCAUAUAUAUGGACGUAUUUUGAGAUAUGUAAGCGUUUACCGACAUGGCCAAAUCCAGUACCUAUAAUAUUCGAGGAAAAUGACGAAUUCGGAAUGCCACCAAUAAGUACGUUAUAAUAGCUGGUGUUAAAAAUAAUUAUUAUGUUAAUAAACUAUUAAGUUUUCGUAGGAUAGGGACGAUGUCCGAAAAUGUAGGAAUAUUCCGUUGUUAGAAAAAUGAUAAUACAACAAGUUCACUAGAGCUACAGUAGUUUUUCUAAAAUUCUAAACUACAAACUGUAUGUCCUCGUGUAAUGUGACCAAUCUUUCUCAAAACAAAUUGACUCAUAAUACAAUUUAACAAUUUCUGAUUGUCUACCACCCACCCAACAUAUCGUGUCCAGUUCAUAUCUUCUUAGCCUAUAUUGGUUACUACCAACGAAAAUUAUAAAGAUAAAUAAUGAUAAGAAUAAAUGAUAAAAGUUCGAAAGCGCAAUUUUCAUACUCUAUUAAAGUUUUUGAAGUACAGGGAGACUGCUCGUUACACAUAUCGAAUUCACUUACCAAUUCGAUUGCAACUUCGUAUUGUCUCUUCGUCCAGCCCUACAUAAGGGAGGGAAAAUAACCACUUACCUAACUGAAAUUUUCAACCUGAUACUACUUCAAGGGUCAAAAUGUAUAGUAUCCUAAGGCUAAAACCUAAACGUCGGUUUUAUUUCAUGUACCUACAGUGUGUAAAUAUGCGACCGGUCGUGCGUUACUGAAAACGGUUCUUAUCAUUUUCUUAACAUUUUCAAAAAACUGCUUAUCGCACUUUUUAUAAUUUAUUUUGAUAACGUUAUCUAAAUUUAGUUUUGUCAGAGGCCAUCUUACAACAAUUAAAUAUACCCAAAACAUAUUAUCAGUCUGCGCUAAACCAACGAGUACCGCUAGGCGGUUCGGCUAUUUUCCAUACGGGCAGGUGGAUGACUAUUGAAAUGGUUAAAAUACUCGCGACAACGAUUAUAGAAUUCGAAGGUAAACCGAAAAAUGAACAGAAUGAAUUAAUUAAAAAUUACGCGAUUGCAAAAAAUAAAGUAAGAAUAACCAACAACUGCAGCAGCAUCUAAAUAUAUAUAAAUGGUAAUUUAUGUAGGAAAAAGAAGAUAGUAUGAAAGAACGAAAUCUUAUUAUUGCAAUGAACAAAAAACUUAGAGCUAGAGGUGAUUUUAUUCCAGAACCUAGUGAUUUAACGGAAUGGUUUACUGAAAUAUUAUAUGAAUACGAUACCGAAUGGACAGCCUAUGAUGAUUUAGAUCUUCAACGGCCCAGAGAGGACUUGAUAAAAACUGAAAUAUACGCUUCAGCUCAAGUUGAAUUACGAGCUGCGGUAGAUAUAACCAUGAAGAAUGAAUUGACUACACUUCAAAUAGCGUACGCUCAAGACAUGAGUAUGUUAGACUGUCUGAUUAUAAUAUUUAAAUAAUAAGUUUAAAAAUGUGUAUUUCACUACAGAGGUAAAGUAUAAACCGCCGAAAGAAAAAUCAAAAAAAACACCUAAAGGAAAACCCAAUAAAAAAAAAACUCUGAGCCCGAAAAUGAUGUUCGAAGAACUGGUUAAGAACGAUAUGAUUAACAAAUCAGUAUAUUCUAAAUUUGACGACUUUAAAGGAGAGGUUUCGUAUUGCGCUAGUACGUUAAGAGGAGAACCGCAUAUGUUAGAUCCGCCUUAUGGUUUGGGUGAUGUGCGUCAAGUAAGUCAACAAAUUGACGACUGCCGUCGAUAAACAUCGAUUUUUUUAGAUUAUAUUUUUGUUGAAUUUAUUAUAGCUCUUAUAAUUUCAUACACAAUUAUAUAGAUCAUAAAAGAAUUGUGUGUCAUCGGUUUGAAUUUCCCAGAACUCCGUACGACAAAACAAAUCAAAUUUAAACCGUCGUUUUUGAUUGCGGGUCCUCUAAAAUCCGGUAAAACUAUGUUAAUCAACGCCAUAUGUACCGAAACCGGAUCGUUAAAGAUCGAAUUGACUCCUCAGAAUAUAUCGGCCUAUUGUCCCGACAAUCCCAGCAUUGCACAAUUUGUUAAUAAUAUUGUAACGGUAUAGUGAUACCUAUAUAUAUAUAUAUAUACUUUAUUUACACGAAAUAAUCAUUGCAUUUUAUAUUCUGCAGAUGGUUGAAGUUUAUCAGCCGGUCGUGAUCGAAGUGGACUGGGCGGACGUACCGUUUUAUGUUACAAAGCAUAUUCCGAAUCAAUUAAAAUCGUUCAAGCCGAAAUUAUUGAAAACAGUCUUGGUAAAGCUUUUAAAAUCAUUGAAAUCCUCCGAACGGGUAAUAAUCAUAGGAAAAGCCAUGUGUCCUUGGUUAACCGUCGGUCAAACAUUAGUAAGCAUAUUAUUCGUAUUCUUAUUUCGAUUUAUAUUGAUUUUUUUCACUGGCAUGAAAAUUAAUUCGAAUUAUAUUUCUGAAGAAUAUUAUUAAUUAUCGUUAGUUAUACUUUAUACAUUUGUCAAUGUAUGUCUGUCCGUAUGCGCUCUAUCUUUCAUACGGUUACGAAUUUCAUAAUGUGAUUUUCUCUGAACGAUUAGUUAAGUUCUUAGAAAGGUCCCUCGUUGAUUUUCAGGCUAAUCGAUAAAAAAACACCCAAGAACAGCAGCUAUAAAGUCACUAAAAAUUCGAAUUACCUCCAGUCGACUUAUCGUCGUUAUAAAAAUUAAUUGAUCCAAAAUAAGUAAUAAAUGUCAGUAAUAAUUGGUCUGUAGAGAUACUUAUGAUCAGGUAUUUCCCGUGAAAAUAUGUAAUUAUGAUAAUGAUAAGACCCCGCAUGCCGCUUCAGGAAGUCAGAUACUGGAUAGCUAUAUUAGUGGUACAGCAAUAGCCGAAAAAGUGAGAAUUCAUCUAGAUGAUUCUCGAUCCGGUCGCCGAAAUUUUUAGCAUUAUUUUCUAAACCAAAACGGUCGUGUCGAGAAAGGCUGCAGAAGGCGGUUGAAAGUUUAAACAUCCCUAAAGCAACACUUUAAUAUUUACACCAUGUACACACAAAAUCGCAUUCCCGGUUUCGUUUUGCCGAUCAUUAGGUUAGUAUUAAAAUUUAAACAAAAUGUUAUUAUUUCAAUUCGUCUAGAUUAAAUUGUCUUUAUAAUUAUUAGCGGAAAAAAUAUGCAAUAAUAUAUUGUAACAGAGUAACGGACCCAAUACAGCUAGUAUAAAUAGUGUCCAUUUUCGGGGAAAAUUUGACAAAAAUUGGGAGUUCACGGUACUUUGAUCCUUCGAUUUGUAUCAGUAUAUUCUUUUUGAAGAUAUUAUAAUUCUUACGGAAGAGAAAAAACGUGCAGGUACGCAUAUGCAAUCUGAUACAGCGAGUUUUUUUUUUUUCAAGAUAUCCAUUCUCCGCGUUAGUUUUUUUCGUAGUUAUAAAGGUACCUAUACAACUUGGGUAUUAUAAUACUGAUAUUCGACUAUCAGGUGUAGCGUGUAGGUCCGCCCAUCGAUAUUUCACUCGGCCCGAACUGCGAGGAGCCGUGUCGGAGGAGCUUAGUCGGAGACCGCGACAAGCAUCUAGGACAAUGUUUCACGUUGUCUUAUGCGUUUUUUUUUUUUUUUUUUGUUUUAUCGAUACACUCGUAUAAUAUGUAUAUUGUGUGUGUGUACACGCGUAAAGUGUAUGAAAAUAACAAUAAUAACACGGUGCGCGCGUGUGCCCGGCCCGCACACACGAGUCCCGCGGAGAUUUUUACUUACGAUACAGGUAUUUUUCGAAACCAAACGGCCGGGGUGGACGGACGCGGAAUAGUGAGAGCGGCGGAACGGGUGUAGAGAGCGGAACAGAAAACUAAAAAAAAAAAAAAAAAAAAAAAAAAAAAAAAUGCUUAUUAUUUACUGCAGAGACGAGAGAAAUACCUGUAAAACUCGACGUGCUCGUUACAUACAGUACGGGUAUGUAUACGGCCGUACUAUAUAAUUAUUUCAUUCAUUAACCGCAUACCUAUGACACGGAAAAUCUCCGCGUCCCAUCUUUAUAUUAUAUACUAUAGCUGGUCCAUUGUCUCGGCAUUUACAACAACAUGGACCUAUAUUAUACGAUACACUCGUAUAUAUGCGUAUAAAACUCGCGGGACGUUAUAAUUAUGAUUAAACGAUACACUCUUGUUUUUUUUUUUGUUAAUAAAAUAUUAUACGAAAUAAAUAAUAUGAUUCGCCGCGUUCGUAUUUAUAUACGAGUAGUGAAGUAUGUCACGUGCAUACAUCUAUAUAAUAUAGUUCAGGUAUUUCAGAACAACGACGGCAACCACCCCCUCCCCCUCCGCGAAAAGUUUCCUAAUAUUUACAUUCACAUUGCUAAAGUAUACAUAUAACUAGGUUUCACUGUAAUCCGCUAUAAUUUUCAAUAUUUUGAUUAGUAAAACAAAACUCGAAACAUUCAAAUAAUUUUAAAAAAAAAAUAUAAAAAUUAUACUGAAAAUCGUUUUUGUUUAUAAACAAUAUGCAUGUACCAUGUAAGGAUAAUUUAAACUAAAGUACACAUUGCAUAUUCCGUGUGUUGCUCGUCAAAUAAUAUUAUGUUCCUCAUCUACAGUUUUAAAUCCAAUGGAUACCGCGGGUUAUCAAUUCUAUAGAUUUCGGUCGCCUCGCGCCCCAGCUUCGUUUAUUGGUUGUCCGACGGAUGCACCGAGAGGCAAUCGGUUGUGUACAAUUUUCGAGGAACAUCGAAAUGCGUCGGAUUUAUUAUCUGAUUGGCCAUCGAGUCUAAUAAGGAAUUAAGGAAUAAGGAAUAAUUAUGCAUAACAUAUAAAAUAAGACGAAUACGCGAUGACAAUUAGGCUAGGGUCAUACUAUGCGUUUUUCGAUUACCGCAAUUAUUUGGAUAAAUUUGGUGAUUUAACAUCCCCAAAAAAAAAAAAUUGUUAGUUUCAACAAUUGUUUAAAACUUGUUCGGAAAUAUAGAAUAAAAAUACGGAUAUAUAAUUCCUACAGUGAAUGUUCUAUUUUUGUAUAGAUGGAAAGUUGGGUGGUAAAAUAUACACCAGAGUAAUUUAAUUUAAACUGAUGAGCGUUAAAAAUGUUCUAAAAACCUUAAAAUGAAUAAUAUAAAAAUUGUAUAACUACAAUUAGUAAUUACAACACUAUUGUCCCGUGUCCGUAUUUGUUUUUAUCAAAUUGUUGAACAUUUUUAUUUGAAAAUAAACAAUUUUUCUCCACGUAAUUCGGAAAAUAUAUGUAGUUCACCAACAUGUUUUUAUAAUUUUCAUUUGAACUUCAAAUGCUUAAAAAAAAUUCAGACGAACCUUAUUGUAUCGAAUUUUCGAUUAUUUUUGAAAAACCAGAAAAUUAUAUCAACAUAAAACCAAAUAAAAACUAAUGAAAACAAAAAUAGGCUAAAUAAUUCAAAAGGCAUCAGAUUGUUUUGGAAAUUUUACCACGUCUAGAACUGGUUUUUAUAAGUAAUAAGCGCAAAUGUGAAAGAUAUUAUAACUGCUAUUAUAACUUUUAACCGAAUUCAAUUGAAUUCUGAAAAUAACAAAAGCCAUUAUAAUUAUAUUAUAUUCUCAUUUUUCUCGACAUUUACUAAUUUUUCAAGACAAGGAAAAUCAAAAUAUAACGUUCUGAAUGCAUCUGCAGCUAGACAAAAUCGUCUACCUGAAACUACUGAUUAUAUUUUAAGCGCAAUAAUCCAUGACAGUUUACACUAAACAAAUAUAAUAAUCUUAGGUACUUAGCGGGAAUUAAUUCUGUUAGUAUAAAAUUUUAAAAUGAUUUAUUUUUUCAGUCAAGCGUGUUCGAUACCGUCGUAUUCACCGUACCCGACUACAAUACUAUGUUCAUGUCACUUCAAGAAUCCCUUAUGCGUUAUCCGGCGAUUAGCCGAACAUUUCCGGUCACGGCGUUGGCCACUAUACUGAGUAGCUACUCGAGACAAAUGGUCAUUGAUAUUGUGGACGAAGUUAUGAACAACGAACGGGUGUUGACGCUCAGACAAAAACCAUUGGAACCCAAAGAGUUUAUACCCUACAUGAUAAAAUAUCCAAAGAAUCCGGAACUACGCGAUCAGUUCUACAAUUGGUACAUACGAUUUGUACCGUUGGGCAUAGAGAGAACUCUGCUACUUGCGGUGCUUGAAUCAAAAAGAAAAAAAUAAAGCAAUUUUUUUUAUUUUUAAAUAAACUAC